UUGUGGAAGAAGAAAAAGAUGGAGAUGAGAUCCUUUAGUUCUCUCUUAGCUCUCCAUUGCCUAGUUCUACUUCAAUUUUGCACCCACAGAGCUAUGGGUUGGGGGCCCACUGAUCCAACGGAUGGGUUUGUCUCUCUUCCUCUCAACAGCUCAAACUUGUACGUUCAAAGACCAUACGACUUGCUCCUAAGCGAUCGGUAUAGCUUCAUCGAUGGUGUCCACAGGCUCUGGGUUUUCGCCACAGACAAGCCUCACACCCCCACAAGCAAGACUGCCCCCCGUACCGAGAUUCGCAUACGUGGUUAUGAUUAUUCUUCCGGAGUCUGGCAAUUCGAAGGGUAUGGAUUUGUGCCGAAUGGGACAUCGGGUGUGUGCAUCAUGCAGCUCUUUGGCGCAAGUGCCCAGGCCACCACAGCAGCGAUGACGGUGCACAAUAGUUCUCUCAUGUACUACACGAACGCAGUCCUUAUCCCUUUCAUCUAUGAUAGAUGGUUCCGUCUAAAUGUUAUCCACAGCGUGGGUGCAAAAAUAGUUAGCAUUUUCAUCGAUGGGGUUCUAAAGCUAACUGUGGAUGAUCAUAGAGGGGCCUAUCAUUACUUCAAAUGCGGUGUUUAUGCACAGAGGGACCGUUCAUACUACAUGGAGUCUCGUUGGAAGGAUAUCAAGGUCCUGAAAAAAUGUGACUAACAUGCAUGCUUGUGACUAUGUAUUGUGGUGUGCUUAGGAACGUAAGGUUUGUUUGUUUUGUCUUAACUUAGUGCAAUAAAUCUUGUGUUGCAGCAUUCAAGGGGUUUAUAGAAAUUAUGUUUGUUUAUCCUUGUGGCUGGGCAAUGCCUUGGGCAGCUCCAUGUCUUGUUAAUAAAGUUCUUACCUACUAAAGAAGAGCAAACUAUUCGAGGGCUG